AUGGUGAGAAUAGUAGUCUCAGGGAAAAAUAACUGUCAUGGAUUCACAAAGUGUGAGCUCUUGGCAGAACUUGUCCGAGCGGAUAACCCAAAUUUUACCGUGGAGAAAAAAUCAUGCUCCCCCGAGUCAUGGUCUCAGCUGGUAAAUUCCGUCUGUAAGAAAAAUCGGUUUACUUGGGCAGAAUCACCACUGGUUUAUCGAGAACUUGCGGAUACCGGAGGUCGAGCGGAUCUGAUUGGCAAUUAUUCUGACUUCGCCGAAUAUGCCAAUCUUUACUAUGGAAAGAAUCUGAAGAUGAGCUCAGAAAUGAUUAAAAAGAUUACACAAGAAAAUCAAGUAUCUGCCGAAGAAUCAGAAAAAAGAGAAAGACAGCGAGUAAAUGAAGAGCGCCCUCUGAGAAUCGCGAUUUUUAACGCCGACUCAAAAUUUGCCUAUCAAUUCUGCAACUUCCUCAUCGCCGAAAAUUUUCAUCAGGAAAAGCUAAAAAAUGGUUUGGGAAUUACUUUGAUUGGGGAAACUUGCGAGGGCUUGGCUUUGGAGCUUUUCGAUACGGCUGAUGGAAAGCUGAAGAUGGUACAUUGCGGCAGAAUCUUAGAUGAUGUCAAAAUCAAGGAGGACGAGCUAGAAUUCGCUGUUAUUUUCGAUAAGGAAGAAGGUGAUGGUACUGAUGGAAUUCUCGGCUGGCUUGGGAAGAAUAAAGAUCACUACGUCAAUAUCGCGAAUUCGCUCAAAAAUCAUUCUCGCUGUAAAGUUCUCCUCUCCAGCGUUUAUCCAACUGUCGUUGCCGCAAUUCUAGACUCUGAAGGAUUCAAGGGAACGAUAAUUGCAUCUGCUUCUGAUUUACAGAACUCAAUUCGCGCAAUGAUUGCGAGGGAAAGCGAGGGCAAAAUUUCAACAAACCAAGUCAAGAAUAUCAAAGUCUUCGGCUCCACGAGCGCAAGUGAAGCAUACGUUGGUGUGAAUUCAAUCCAACUUGACGACAUUGACAGUUCCAUAAAUGGACCCUCAGGAUUCAGACGAGUUUUGAGGCCAAUUAUUUACAAGAAACAAUUUCUCGAGAAUUUUGAGAGCGCAAUCGCUUCGAAAAAGCUAGGUAUCCUAGCAAGAACAAAAGGACUUGUCGAGACCCUCAAAGUUUUCAUCGACAAUGACGAGGAGAAAAUUCUCAGUCUUGUCCAGCCGACUCCGGAUUUGCCAGAUGAAUAUGCUGAACUUGAUCUCAGCAUGCGAUUUUUCGCUGUUCCCGGUUCUUUCAAACAAGGCAAGUUCGAAGUCAGUAAAAUGGAGCUGCAAAAAGAAGAUAAGGAAAAAAUCCGUAAAAUUUCGGCAAAAUUGAUGCUUUUUGAAACACUUAUCGACACUCCUACAGAAGAACGGCUCGAUAUCUUAAACGAGUUCUAUUCCAAAUGCUGA